ACGCCAGAACGAGGCUUUGCCGUGAUUGCCCAUUCCCUACAGACGCCCUCGAUUGCUUCGGACGCGCGAAACUCAUCUCACAUUCACGUCGCUUAUUUGUCGUCCUGCGUCCUGGACUCCCCCAAUCUCUCCCUUAAUCGCUCCUUGACACGCCGUCAAGUCAUUGCGCCUCUUAAGCUACCGCGACUUGGUUCCAACACUUUUCCCAAUUAUUCCGCCAUCGUGGCCUAUCACCUACCAUGGCAUUUCUAGGUGUAUACCGGGCCAUCUACGACUACGUUCCCCAAAGCGAGGGUGAAUUGACCUUGACUGAAGGAGACUUGCUUUUUGUUUUGGACAACAACUCGGAUGAUGAUUGGUGGAAAGCGAAGAAGAAGGCCAUGUCUGAUGAGGAAGACGAGCCAGAAGGCUUGAUUCCGAACAACUACAUUGAAGAAGCGCAUCCAUUAUAUUCAGCAAGAGCUUUGUACGAUUACACCAAGCAGACCGACGAAGAGCUCUCGUUUCCCGAAGACGCGCGCCUGGAUGUCUACGACACGUCAGAUGAAGAUUGGACGCUCGUCGGCUUGAACGGCGAGUAUGGUUUUGCUCCUGCUAUCUAUAUUGAGAAGGCUUCAGCAGCUGCCGCCUCAGCUGUCGCUCCCGCUCCCGCUGCACCUGCAAUGCCUGCACGACCACAAAUCGCCGAACCCGAGCCCGAAGAGGCGGAAUGGAACGAGUCUCCACCAGAGAGUCCGGUACAGAAUCCCGCCGCUGCUCUCGCUGGCAUUAUUGCGCAAAAGACUGGUCAAUCACAAACUCAACCCAGAUCAUAUGAGGCACCAAUGAGUCGCGGUCUUGCUUCGCCACCUCUGCCCUCGCGACCACAAUACACCCCAGACGAGUCGGAAGAUGAGCCCACUCCCAGCAUGCCUCCACGACCCACCUCAUCUGUCUCUCGCGAGCCUGUACGCUCUCCCAUGUACUCUCCCGUCGAACGCGAGCCCCAGGGUGUUAGCGCUUCUCUUCCCUACAACAGAGCAAUGAAUAUCGAGGAUGAGGAGGCUGCUCUUAGGUCACCUGGUGGCUUCCGUCUAUACAACAUUUCCGAGGUUGUUUCACACAUGGGCAAGAACAAGAAGAUGCCCAUCACCUUGGGUAUUAACCUCGCCAAGGGACUAGUAUCGCUUUCUCCCGCCAAGGCAAAGGAUGGCCCUUCCCAGGAAUGGACUGCGGAUAGAUUGUCCAACUAUUCCAUUGAGGGCAAACAUGUCUUCCUUGACCUGGUCCGUCCUAGUAAGAGUGUGGAUCUCCACGCAGGUGCAAAAGACACUGCCCAGGAAAUUAUUGGCAUCCUUAGCGAGCUCGCCGGUGCUUCCAAAGCCGAGGGCCUCCGUGAGGUCUGGGCAGCUAGCUCUGGCACUGGUGCUGGUGGCAAGAAGAAGGGUACGAUACUUUACGAUUUCAUGGCUCAAGGUGACGACGAAGUGACGGUUGCCAUUGAUGACGAGGUCGUCAUUCUAGACGACACAAAGAGCGAGGAAUGGUGGAUGGUCAAACGUCUCAAGAACGGCAAAGAAGGAGUUGUGCCCAGCAGUUACGUCGAGAUUACUGGAACUCUCCCUGAGCCAUCAUCAGCAUACACUGGCCUCAACGCUGCACGUUCCACUGUCGAGCAGAACAGACUUGAAGAACAGCGCCUUACGAGGGAAGUGGCUAGAUCUUCAGUGCGAGACUCAGAUGAUGGCAGUAGACCAGAGCGCCACAGCAGUCUGGCUAAGGACGAUCACCGCAAGAGCAGACACAGCAAGAGCGACAAGAGUGACAAGCCCAAACCGAACGCCGCGAAGGUCCGCACCUGGACAGACAGAUCAGGUUCUUUCAAGGUCGAGGCUGAAUUCAUUGGCUUGAAGGAUGGCAAGAUUCACCUUCACAAGCAAAAUGGUGUCAAGAUCGCUGUGCCCGUUAACAAGAUGGCGAUUGAAGACCUGGAAUAUGUUGAGAGAGCUACCGGCGUAUCCCUCGACGAAGACAAGCCGCUUUCAGAAAUCAAGCGUAGAAGCACCGAGAAGAGAAAGGAGCGACCAGAGAGACUACAGCAAUCUGGCGCGUCAUCAGGUGCUGUCGUCGAACAGAAGCCUGACUACGAUUGGUUCGAUUUCUUCCUUGGAGCUGGUGUCAACCCUCAGAUUUGCGAGCGAUAUGCCGCUGCCUUCAGUCGCGAUCAAAUGGGUGAAGAGAUUCUCCCUGACGUUGAUACACAGUUGCUGCGCACACUUGGGCUGAAGGAAGGAGACAUUCUUCGUGUCAUGAAGUAUCUGGAUAACAAGUUUGGUCGCACUGGCCAGAAAAAGAGUGUUAGCUUCGGCGAGGACGAUGCUGAUGCAACCAACGGAGAAGGCGGUCUCUUCUCUGGACCUGGUGGCGCAUUGAGAAACAACACACGCAAGGGAAGACCAGCUCCUGCUGUUCAAACCAACGACGUGGUCGACCCUGAUGCCUUCAAGCAAAAGUCUGAGACGCCCAAGGUCGAGACUCCUCUUGCCUCUGCACCUGCCAGAGCUGCAGCCUCGUCAGGAUUUGAUGAUGAUGCUUGGGAUGUCAAGCCAUCGAAGAAUGUAUCUGCUUCUGAGGCUCCUACCCCGGCGCCCGCAAAGGCUCCAUCGCCUCCACCCGCUCCUGCUGCUCCCGAGCCACCGAAGCUUACACAAAAUAUGUCAGAUUUGUCAUUGCUCUCGCCAGCAUUACAACCAACACCUGCUCCUCAAGCCGUACCUCAGGCUCCCCCUGCACCUCCACAACAACCAGCAAGGACUGGAGCUGACCCUUCUUUCUUCGACAAGCUUGCUGCCCCAUCUCCUCUGCAGUCACAAAUGACAGGCAUGAGACAGCGUCCCGCAGCUCCAACACAAAUGCAGACAGGCAACUCCAUGAUCGCACCUCCACCGCAGCGUGCGGCUUCAGCUCCUGGUCUUCCCCAACAGGGCUUUGCUCCCCCAGCACUUCAGCCCCAGAUGACCGGCUACCAAGCUCCUCCUGGCCAGAGCCUACAGAACUUGCAACAACAGCAGCAGUUCCAGCAACAGCAGAUGACCGGAUUCCCCCAGCAACCCGGCUUCCAAGGGCUCAUGCCACAAGCAACAGGAUAUAUGCAGUCGCCACAGCAGAGCGGUUUCCCAGCGCAAUACCAGAUGCCUCAGGCCACAGGCUUUGGCCAGCAACAACCUUACCUCAAUGGUCAAGCUACAGGCUCACCUUUCGCCGAUCCUUCCCCUCGCCCCAUCUUCCAGUCCCAGCCCACGGGCAUGGCUCAAUCUUACACCCCAGGCAUGCAACCCCAGCAAACGGGCUUCGGCAUGCCUCCUCCCAUGCAACCCCAACAAACCGGCCUCCCACCGGCUCUCCAACCCCAGCGCACAGGCUUCACACCCCAGAGCCAAUUUGGUCAGAACUAUGCCCAACAACAACAGACUGGCUUCGGCGGAUAUGGACAACAGGCACCGCCUAUGCCUCCCAUGCCCCCCAUGCCCGCUCAACCCACUGGUCUGCAGCCUCUGGUCCCUCAAAAGACUGGACCUCCUCCACCAGUCCGCUUUGGUGUUCAGCCUGCUGCUAGACUUACACCUCAACCCACUGGCAGGGCCAACUUGUCAAAGGCCACACCACAAAACCCCUUUGGCUUCUAGGAUCGGUCAAGGUCGGAUUCGUGGGCGUCGAGAAGAGGUUAAGCGUCUUGGGGAGCAUGUUGGGUGGGUCAAGCGUGGCCUUGUUGCCUUUUCAUUGGUAUCACUCACUUUAAUCAGGCUCAUUGUUUUUUUUUGAGUAUAAAGAGUCGAUCAAAGCCCGGGCGAGUGUGUAUAUAGUCUUCUUUCGUUCUUAUCUUAUCUCAUUUUCUCCUUUUCUUUUUGGUGUAUGUCAUGGUCUCCUUGACUCUUCUUCUGGGCCACCCCCUUUGUCCGUUUUGAGUUCAUCGCAUGUCUGCAUGUAUGUAGUGGAUAGUGUCUUGUAAUACAUCGUGGUCGUACG